AUGUUCUAAGAAGUCAGACCUGUAGAAAACACUAAUUACGACAGAAGGGUUCGUGAAAAUCAGAAAAAUGAAUUCAAAAAAAUAUUGGAAGAAGAUCAAAUUUCAUCCUAGAUUGCAGAAUAAUUAGCUACAUCUCUUGAAUAAGAAGCAUAUACGCUUUCUGGAGGUGAUCAUACAAGAGACUAUAGAACUAGAGUUAAUACUGUUAAAAUGCGCUUGAAGGGAACUAAAGGUAUCUUUAUUAUACUAUUCUAGGAUAAUUGAUUAGAACUGCCUUAGUAGAACAAAUUUUGACACCCAAAGAAUUAAUGUCAUUAGAUAUGUCAAAAUUAAGUGAGGAUAGUGUUUAAGCAUUCUUGUAGAAAGAAUAAAGAGGUCUCCCUCAACCAUAAACUAAUAUUAAAAAGAAUGUUCCUUAAAGAGGGCCUCCAACCAGACCUCCUGUUGCAGGUAUACCACCAAUUAAAAAUUAAGUUGUGGUACCUCCAAUUCCACAAUCAACUACUUAAAAUUCAUAUCAAAUUGUUAAUCAAUAAUAAAUAUCUGAUUAGACUAGCAUUGACAAUUAAAAUAUUCAAACUUAAGCUGAACCUUAACAUAUUAAUAAAGAGUAAGAAAUUAAUCUUCAAACUUAACCUAAGGAUUAAAAUCCUUAAAUUUAGAAAUAAGUUCCAAAACAAUAGAUUCCUCCUCCAAAUAAAUCUAAAUAAGUGACUUCUACUUAAAUCUCCAAUAAUUAAACAGAAGAAUAUGGAAUAAAAUAAUAAGAAGUAUAAUAAUAAAAUAAAAACCUUAACACUUAAAUAAAUAAUUAAUUAUCAUCUGAUAUUACAACAAAAUAAGAAAAAAAUGAUAAUGUUCCUCCUCCACUUUCAUAAUAAUAAUUAACUAAUUAGAUCAAUUUUUAAUAAGUAGAAAAUGAAAAUGUAGAAGAAGAAGAUUUAACAAAUUUUGAUUCUUUAAAAUAAAAUCAAGAGAAAUUAAAUUAAUUAGCAGAAUAAUUGAGAUCAGAAGAAGAGUCAGAAGAAUCAUAAGAAUCAAAUAUUGAAAAUCAAGAAAAUUAUAAUCCAAUAGAGAAUUCUAAUUUUCCUUAAACAGAUAACUAAAUAGAUAAUCCAAUAUUAUAAUUUUAAAAUACCAUUACCAAGUAAAAUAAUUAGGAUUCCUCAGAGAAUAUACAUCAUACUGAACCAGAAUAACUAAUUAAUAAUGAAUUUGAUAAAUAAUAGAAUGACAAUUUUUAACAGGAAACCAUAAAAUAGUAAAUACAUAAUUCCUAAGAACUAAAAGAUUAAGAAUUUAAUGAAUAGCAAAUUUCCUCAUAAAUUUAAUCUAUAGAAAAUUAAGAUGAAGUUCCUCAUUAAAAAUUAAAAGAAGAAGAAACACAAGUUCAAUAAACCAAUUAAGAUUAAUAAAUAAAACAGUAAAAAUUAAAUUCUUCACAUAAUUAAUAAGAAUAAACAUAAUAAAUAAUAUCAAGCAAAACAGAUACUUAAAAUUAAAAAAAUGAAUAAAUAGUAAAAUAAUAAGAUGAGUUAAUUGAAAGCUUAAAUCUUACUUCUUAAACUCCGAAAUUCACAAUUUAAUUACAACAAUAAUCAACUUAAUAAAUUGAUGUUGCUGUAUUUGAAUAAAUGAUAAAAUAAAGAGAUAUUUAUUAUGAAAAAUAGAUUUCUUAGUUAAUUAAAUAAAAUAAGGAUCUACAGCAUUCAAUUAAUCAAUUUUAAUAAGAUCAUAUUAAAACUAUUUAAGACUUAUAAACAAAGAAUGUAAAUUAUUAAACAUAAAUUCAAUAACUUCAAAAUGAAAAUAAGCUAUUGAAAACUACUUUAUAAAAUUAAGAAUAAAAUUAAUUGAAAUAACUUAAUUAGUUAAAAGAAUAAAUUUUGAGUGAAAGAAAAUAAUUUUAAAAACUCUAAGAAAUGUAAUAAAUAGAAAAAUAAAAUGAAAAACAUUUCAUUGAAAAAUUGCAUUCUAAUACUCAAUAAAGAAAGGAUAUCAUUCAUAAAUAUCGCAUAUAGUCAACCCAAUCUAAUUUAGAUGACUAAAUUACAAUUUUAUAAGGUUUACUUUCAAAAUUGUAACCACCUUAAUUACCUAGGGUUUAGUAAUUCUAAUAGCCAAUCUAAAUUUAAGCUAAUACUUAAUAAUAAGUCGUUCAAACCUUGGUUGUUGAAGCUCCUGCUACACAUUAACAUCAUGUUUAAUAGUAAAACCAAUAGUAUUGGGCCAAUGAAGAUGAUGUUAAUUUGUAAGGUUAAAUUGUUAAUGCUGAUUCUGGAUCUACAUAAUUGAAAACUGCAAAUAACUAAAUAUAGGUUUAAGAUGUAUAAGAUGUAUAAGAUGCAUAAGAUGAAUAAUAAUAAUUUGAAUAGCAGGAUUAGUAAGAUUAAGAAGUUUAAUAGGAUGAGGAAGAAGAGAAUUAGUAAUUUGAUAAUUUAACUAAUUAACAUGCUAUAUAAGAGUAAUAAUAAGCUAUAGAAAAUUAGUCUCACUUCAAAUAAUAAUAAUAAUAUCAUUAAGAAUAAUAAUAAUAAUAAUAAUAAUAAUAAUAAUAAUAAUAAUAUUAAUAAUAAUAAUAAUAGUAAUAAUAGUAAUAAUUACUAUUAUAAAAUUCAUCUUAAUAACACUAAGAAGAGUAAAUCUAAAAUAAUGAAAUAUCAAAUAGCAUUGAUAAGAAAGUUAUACAUGAAAAACAAUAAAAUGAACAUAUAGAUUAAUAAUAAGCAAACUCAAAUAUUAUCAAGAAUGAAAUUCAAGAAAAUACUUAUCAUCCUCCUCCACCAAGGAAACAAAAUCAUUAAAAAUAAGAAAAUCAUGCUACAUUUGCACAUCCAAGAUUGGCACAUAAAUAAGAGAAUAAUCAUAAUUAAUAAUAGAAUUAAUAGUAAAAUUUUUAAACAAAUAACCCAUUUUUUGAUUAUUAGGGAGCAGAAGAAUAUUUUGAAACUAGUAAUUAAACAAAUUUCUAAUAAUUUUUUGAAAAAUAGAUUGAAAUACCAAAAUAGCCAACAUCUUAAUAGAAAACUAAAUAAACAAAUAGGAGAGCAAAUGUACCUGGAUCAUUGUUUGAUUGA